GUCAUCUGCUGGUUCUGACAUACUGUCACCCUUCGUGUACUGUGUAGUCAGCAGCAACCUCGUGGUGUUGUGGAAAUUUGUGUGUGACAUUCUCCAGACUGUAGAACUAAAGCAAUGGAGCAGGAGCCAACUAAGUGGAUAAAAAAAGAGGAAACUGAUGAAGUACAAACUGAGUUCCACUUGAUAGUGCAAGAUUAUCCAUGCAGCAUGAAUGUAAAAGAAGAGUUGGAGGAGGGUGUGAAUAAAGAGUCUGUUGAAGAUCCAUUGGGAAUAUCUUUGUCCACUGAUUUUAUCAAGGAGGAUCCUGAAUUAAAUAUAACAGAGAAUACUGUGGAAACCUCAACAAGAUAUGCAUCUGAUAGUGCAAGAUUUACUCAGACUACUGGUGGAAGUUGUAGCAUAUCAUGUGAAGAAACUUGUCACCAUAGACUGGUCCAGGAUGAGUUGGUGAUAGACAUGGAGAAGUCAACACAUGGGUUCAGUACCAAUACAGAAGAUGUGACAAUUGAUAAGGAAUGCUCAGUUGCCACCCAACAUGACUGUAGUACGAGGGAAAAGGAAUUACAUGUAUAUAGCUGUAAUCUCUGCCAACAGAGCUUUUCUUCAAAAUACGGACUCAUAAUGCAUGUGUUUGUGCACAUUGAUGGAAUGCAACCACCUUCUCAUGAAAAAUAUGGACAUAGUGAUGGGCAUGAAACCACUAACUUGUUGGAUAGCGAGGCAGAAGUUUCUGUCACAGAACACAAUGAGCAGUCUUCACGUAAGGAAACUUGGAAAGAUUCAAAGAAGCCCUCUAAUGACAUGUGUAACACACAUAUGAGAAAUGAUAGAGAGAAAACAAGUAAUUAUGGAACUUUGUCUAUAGCUGUUAAUGUCAGUGCCCAGGCUGAUCUACUUACUGCAAACAGAACUCACAGAUGUGGUAUUUGUGGCAAAUUGUUUGCUAGGUCAUGUGAUCUCAAGACACAUGUUUACAUUCAUACUGGGAGAAGACUUCACAAAUGUGAUAUUUGUGACAAAUGUGGAAAGAAACCUCACAAAUGUGAGAUGUGUGGGAAAUCUUUUGCUAUGAAAGACGACCUCAACAGACAUGUAUUCUUUCACACUGGAAAGAAACCUCACAAAUGUGAGAUUUGUGGGAAAUGUUUUGCCAUGUCAAGCAAUCUCAAGAUACACACAUUCAUUCACACUGGAAUCAAACCUCAUAAAUGUCAGUUUUGUGGGAAAUGUUUUGCCAUGUCAAGCUAUCUCAAAAUACACACACUAAUUCACACUGGAAUCAAACCUCAUAAAUGUGAUAUUUGUGGGAAAUCUUUUACUAUCAUAGGCAAUCUUAAGAAACACACAUUAAUUCACACUGGAAAGAAACCUCACAAAUGUGAGAUCUGUAGGAAAUCUUUUGCUACAUCAGGUGAUCUCAAGACACAUGCAUUUGAACACACUGGAAGUGGACCUCACAAAUGUGGUAUUUGUGACAGAAGUUUCACUUACUUGGAUACUCUCAAGACACAUGCAUUACUUCAUAUCAGAAAGAAACUGUAA